GGUCGUUCCUUGUUAUCAGUGUGAUUUGUAACCACCUUCGUACCGGUAUCAUUUGGACGAUUAAUUCUAGUUUUCAGCUCUAACCGUAAACGAGUAUCCGUAAAAUCAAGUUCACCAUCCAUAUGAUAAUAUCGGAGUGGUUAAUUUAUGUAAUUAAUUAAUUAUGGAGACCUUGAUGAUUUUUGUUGAAGAACACAUACGUUUUGAGAUACUCGCUGUAAUAUGGCUAUUGUACAUUUGGGAAUUGUACCUCAGCUUGCGGCAGAGGAAACUUAUGGACAAAUUGGUAACCGUUCCAUCCAGCCUGGAUGGCCUUAUGUCAGCUGAGGUUUACAAAAAAGCAAGACUUUACGCAUUGGAUAGGAAUGCGUACAGUAAUAUUCAUGAUUUAUACUCCACAAUUAUUAAUACGGUACUUAUCCUAACGUUUGCCUUCCACUACUAUUGGAAAUGGGGGAUAAUGUUGAUAGAGGCCCUCGGGGCCUCUGGUGAUAAUGAAAUCCUGGCGAGUGCUGGUUGCCUAGUGGUAAUGAGCACCGUCUCAUUCAUCGUGGACUUUCCCUUCAAAGCCUACAACGUUUUUGUUAUCGAGGAGAGACACGGAUUCAACAAACAGACGACAAAGUUCUUCAUCAGAGAUCAAGCCCUCAAAUUCCUCAUUUCCCAACUGAUAGGUCCACCCUUCCUGUGCGGAUUAAUCUGGAUCGUCAAGAAUGGAGGAGACUACUUCUUCCUUUUCGUCUGGCUUUUCGUAGUAGUUGUCACCCUCUUUAUGUCAGUGGUUUAUCCAGAGGUGAUAGCACCCCUCUUCGACAAGUAUUCACCUCUUCCCGAGGGCGAGCUUAAGACGAAAAUUGAGGCACUUGCUGCUUCCCUCAAUUUUCCACUUUAUAAAUUGUACAUUGUCGAGGGCUCCAAGAGGUCUUCCCAUAGUAAUGCUUAUUUGUAUGGUUUUUAUAAGAACAAGAGAAUCGUUCUCUUCGAUACUCUUGUGAAAGAAUUUUGUAAGAACGAUAAAAAUGAUGAUAAUAAGGAAAGUGGCUGUGAGGUGGAUGAGGUACUCGCUAUUUUGGCACAUGAACUGGGACACUGGAAGUAUAGCCAUACAUUGCAGGGACUUAUGCUUGCUCAGAUAAGUUUCAUCAUGAAUUUUAUUCCCUUCGCCAAAUUAAUCAACUAUGCACCGAUGUACGUAGCGUUUGGCUUCACCAACAGCCAACCAAUCUUUAUCGGACUCAUCAUCGUGACGAUGUAUAUCCUCACUCCUCUCAACACGUUGUUUGGAUUCCUGAUGACAGUGAAUUCUCGGAGAUUUGAAUUCCAAGCUGACGCCUUCGGAAAGAAACUUGGCCACGCCUCAGCACUCAAGCGUGCUCUAGUUAAAUUACAGAAGGAUAAUUUGGCCUAUCCAUUGUUUGAUAAAUUAUACUCGGGAUGGCAUCACAAUCAUCCACCUCUAUUGGAGCGUCUCGAGGCACUAGACAAAGUCGAUUAAACUAAGCAGUGUGAUUUUUUCCAGAAUGUGAGUGUUUAGCAAUGAAUGAACGUGUUUUUUUUACUUUUAUUCUAUUUCACAAGUUAACGUGUGUAUGAAUACCUGUAGGAACGCAUGUCAACAGUUAAUGGAGAGACUUAAAACAUUCACUAGACAAUUCUAUUGAACUGAAUUUCUUGAAAUAUUUAAUAGCACAUAUUCUAUGGCAUAAUUCAACGCCAUUUCAAUUUUCUGUACAAUUUAUUUUAUUGGGAUAAUUACUAUUUUGUUUAUAAAUCGAUAAAAACAGUACAAUAAUAAUUCUGUAGAAUUGUCGAAGGAAUUUGCUAAGUUUUUACAUAAUGUUUUUUCACAUGAGGAAUGCAUUUCUCAAUUUAAUUCAAUGGGUAAAACUGAAACGUAACAAGAAAAAUAGGGUGAGAAGUGGCUGUCAUAAAAGUCAAACAACUCGAUGAGGAAUGAUUUUGGAGAAAAAUGAAGAGACGUAGGCUGAAGGGAUCUUCUGUAGAACUCUUAAGAAAAUUUGUGCAUUUUCAUUUAUUGUUGACAAAUUUCGGUCUAACCACUGCUCUUCUAUUUUUUCAUAAAAAUCCUUGUUAGAAUAUUUAUAAUCCCUCAUUUGCGACGUAAACGUGUAAAGUAUUCAUCGCAUUAAAUUAUGUAAACCAAAGAGGCUCUUUAUGUA